UUAAUAUAAUACCUCUUUACAAAUAUACAUUUUUACAAAUACACCUAUACACAAGUACACCUUUAUUAACUUCUUCUUACUACCACAUCCUCUUAACAUCGCUCUCUUCUCCUACAUAAUUCCUUCAUCCAUUCCAUUCCCUUUCCCUCCUCUCCCAUCAACACUUCUAUCCUCUCUUCCGUUUCCGAAUAGUCACAUUCCCUCAUCACAUGCAUUCCUGUCUCUUUUUCUAUCCCACACAAUCUGCACAUAUUCUUCUCAUCCUCUUUUAUUCAGUAUCUGCUUGCCCUCCAUUCUAUAGAACUAAUUUUUAUUUCAAAUAUUUAUUUUGUAUUUUUAGAUCAAGAGAAGUAAUGCGCAAUUUCAAUAUCGAAGAUAACAAAGAAAUUCUCGAUGGUUGCAACAAAUAUAUGUUAUUGUUAGACGGUGAUAAAUCUAAUGAAAAUAAUGAUAAGAAUAAAAAUGAUUUUGUUCAUUCAACAAAUCUGGACAAAUAUUCUGACAUAAAGAAGACUAAUUCCAAUAUGGAUAAUAAUAAUAGUAAUUUAGAAAUCGUAUCGAAAUCAAAAGGCAUUAAAUUAUUACAUACGGAUAAUAAUAAUCAACUUAACAUUAGAAAUAAUUCAUCAUUUAAACGUGAUAGUAAUAAUCGUAGAAAAGAAUAUUUGGAUAAACAUAAAUUAAAAAAACGACCACCUCAUUUGGAAUCAGAUUAUAAAAAAUCGAAUAAUACAUUGAGCGUUAAUGAAAUAUCGAAAAACAAAAGUAAAUCAAACGAUGAAAUUAAUGCCGUUGACGAUGAUGAUACUACUAUGCAUAAUCAAAUUGAUACGACACAAUUAAGAAUUAUUUCAAAAGUUUCCGAUGAAUUGUUAUUGAAUAAUAACAAAUAUGACGAUAAUGAAAAUUUUGAUUGUAAAUCUAAAACCGUAGAACCAGAUUCCACCGUAUCAAAUAGCGAACAAGAUGACAUUGAUGAUUUAAGUGCAACUAAGAAAACAAUAGAAGAAAAAAUUAAUAAAAAAUACAUGUAUCGAGAAUAUAAACAAUAUAUUGACAAAAUUCAUAAGAAUUGCGAUAAUGUUUUAAAUAAAAGAUGUACAAAUAUAUAUAAGAAAAAAAGAAAAAAGAUAAAGGCUAAAUUUCGUCAAAUAUUUGGUCCGUGUUCUUCAACGGGUGAGGAAGAGGAAGAAGAAUUUCUUAUAAAUAUGUCAUUAAAAAAAAGAAACAAAGACAAACAAUUUAAUGAUAAAACAUCAAAUAUUUCUAAUACGCAAGAAAACAAAACAUUUAAUUUAAUGACAAAUGAAAAAGAUAUAUUAUCAUCUAGAAAAACUCAGGAGAUUUCAAGUAUACAAUUAAUGCACCAUGACACAGCAGCAUUAAAAAAUGAUACCAAUGUCCAUAAAAUGAAUAAACAAAUUAUUGAUCUAACUAUUUGUGAUGAAGACACAAUUGAUGCUAACUCUUUUACAAAUAACACAAUUUUUAAUUUUUCUACGCUUUGUGAUAAUAGUAUAUUAGAUAACAUCUUUAAUCAACCAAUAACCAAAAAUAAAGAUGGCGUAACACAAAUGUAUAUUAAAGAGUCGUCGUCUAUUGAUGUAAAAACAGAUACAGAUUCUAUUAUUGUCAGUUCUUCUGAUGGAUCUGCAAAUGAUACAGAUGUUAAAGUAUUACCUGAUUAUGCUAGUGAAAUAAAAACACUAAGUGAAAAGAGUAAUAAUAAUAAUAGUAGUAGUGGUAAUAAUAAUUCAUUUAAUUCAAUAGAAUCUAAUAAAGAAGAUAUUAAUGAUAAUGACGUGAGAGAAAAAAUACUUGAAGUUAAGUCUUGUAUUGAUAAUAAUUGUGCUGCUAAUAUUUUAAUCGAUUUUAAUAAAUAUAAGAAAAUUGUUGUUCAAAAUAAGGAUACAACGAAAGAAUUGAAACAAAAUCUAAAUGAAGAUUUAAAUAAACUUUUACAAAUUAAUAUAGAUCAAAAUUAUAGAAUAGAAUCUAAUGGAAAUACUAUUAGUAUUCAAGACAAUUUGGAAACAAAUAUUAACAGUAUGGAGGAUUUAUUAACAAUUAAUGAUUCUACAAAUGGAAAUAAGGAAACGGUUGCAGAGGAAUCAACGAAUAUCAAUUCAACAUCAUCGGUUGCAGAAGAAUCAACAAAUAUCAAUUCAACAUCAUUGGUUGCAGAAGAAUCAACAAAUAUCAAUUCAACAUCAUCGGUUGCAGAAGAAUCAACAAAUAUCAAUUCAACAUCAUCGGUUGUAGAGGAAUCAACAAAUAUUAAUUCAACAUCACCGGUUGUUGAUAUUUUGAUGGAAAAUAAUGAUACAUGUAAAACAAACGUGUCAAAUGAAAAUAAAAUAAUUAAUGAGACUUCGUUGAAUACAAAUAAUUUACAAGAAGGUGCUUUGCUUGAUCUCACUUGUAAUACUACUGUGCAAUCAGAACCAAUAAAACGGAAUAAAAUUAGGGUUCUUUCUAGUGCAGAAUUAGGUUCCAAGUGGUGUCCUUCUCCGCCUUUAAGCACAUCCAUAAUCGAACCUAAUGUUACACCAAAUGAACCUACGGUGCCUAUAAAUCACAGUAAUGUGUCAUCUAAUAUUAGUACUGAACAAUUAAAUAAGAAUAUCGAAUUAAAUAAGAAUAUCGAAUUAAAUAAUAAGCCACGUAAUUUAACUUCUUAUUUACUGUCAAUAUGUAGACGUAUAGAAGGUUUACGUAAUUUCACAAAAAACUUAUUAAAUAAUUCUCAAGAUACGCUUAAUACUAACAAUAAUGUUAAUAAUAUGAGAUUACAUUCCCAUUCUUUUGUACUUUUUGAUGAAUUAUAUAAUUUAGGACAUGAAUUGAAAUUAACUGAUUUAAAUGAAAUUAUAAAAUAUGUAGUAUCUAAAAUUAAUGAUAAUUCAUUAUUACCCGAAUGUGAACCCAUAUCCUUAACAGAAAUUGUUAAUUAUAUAUCGGUACAUGAUAAAACACUUAAAACAUAUGAUCCUAGCCCUAGCGAUUCGAUUAUAUAUACCUCAAGUAACAUUGUGUCUAAUUCUAUCAAUACAUUUUCAUCUAUUUCUAAUGUAACAAAUGCUGAUAAUACGUCUACCAGUGUAAACCAAGUUUACCCAAAUUUAUAUAACCUGCUAGAGAAGCAACGUCGACUAAAUAAUUUACCAAAAACACAUUUGUAUAAUUUUAUUGCUUUAAACCAAAAUAGCGAAAGCGAUCUUAAUAAUUCAUCAAUAUUGUUCAAAUCUUCUAAUACAUCAGCUGUUUCCCCUAUGCUAAUGCAGUCAAUAAAUAAUAAUGUACAAGUAUUGCAAGAUAAUAGAACUAACUAUGUAUCGAUACCGAAUUAUAAUCAACGCGUAGUACCACAAAUACCAUAUCAAUUAAAUAAUAAUAUACCAAGAAUCGAUAAUGCAAAAAGUACAUCUGAAUUAUCUUAUACUCAACAACUAGUUCAACAAACGCAACAACAACAACAACAACAACAAUUCCCUUUUUUAUGUAACAUGUCACAAAGAUAUAAUUUCCAAAAUUUACAACAAACUUCACCAGCUACUACAAUGCUUACUAAACAAUUACAAAUCCAGAAUUUCAAUCGUUUACAAAAUUAUCCUGAAAUAUUAUGUUCAAUUCCGUAUGAAUUAUUACUCAAAAUAUGGGAUCAAAUAACAUUUUGUUUAGAAGAAAAUUUACUGAAUUGUACAACAUAUGAUAAUAAUAAAAACUUUUGCUGCUUAGAAGUAUAUCAAAAAGAAUGGAAGGAAAAAGUGUACAAUUUUAUUGUAUUUAAAUCACAAAUAAACGAAUCCGUAAUACUUCGAAGUAAAUACGGAAAGCAUAUGCAGAAAACAGUAAUAUUAGAAAAACGAAAGAUGGAACGGCAACUAAAUAUGCAAGGAAUGGUGGAAUAUCAAAGAAAAAUAAAUUCGAUGAACAUUAUGAAUCAUCAAAAUAAAACAAAUCCAAAUACUGCGGUGUUUCCAAAUUUAGAAUCAUUGGUAGAAAAUACAACGAAUAAACCACCACCAAAGAAAUUAGUAAAACAAAGAAAACGAACUGAAUCACGUAAAUUAAAAAAUUGUACGAAACAACCUACUGAUAGCACAACGUCAUCAGAUAUUUUAUUACAAAAUAAUAAUACAAAUUCAUUACUCGUUGAAUCACCAAAUGAUACUACAAAUUGUAAUGAAUUAAACUCAGGUAAAAUAAAACAUCAAAAACUCGCAAAUGUAGAAGAAGAGCCUUCAACAAGUUCUAAAAAUACAACUGAAAUUGAAAAAUACAUUAAUGUAAUGACUACUCCUAUUACCAUUAAUAAAGAUAAGAUUAAUGAAGAAAAAAAUAUCCAGGUUGUUUCGACACAUAUGGAAGCAGUUUCAUUGCUAGAAAAAAGAAACGAAAAUAAUAUUGAAAUUCAGCAAUGUGAUUCGAGGAAGGAAAUUGCUACAAUUAUGUCUGAACCAUGUAUAACAGAUGUACGAACCAUAUCUCAAAAUACGUUUAAUGCAAUGGAAGAAAAUUCAGUUGGUUCUUCGAGUGAGGAUAAAUUGUUUACUGUCAAUCAUAUUCAACAGAAUGAAAUAGAAAUAAAAAUUCAGAUACCAGAAAAUAUUAUUUGUUUGAAUUGUCCUAAGAUAAGUACAGUUGUCUGCGAAGUUUGUUUAGAAGCACAUUAUUGUUCCAAAGAAUGUGCAGCAUCGUAUUGGAUAAAAGACCAUCACAAAUAUUGUACACCUCAUAGUGCAAAAAUAUCCAAAGGAAAUGUUUAACAACGAUGCUUCGAUAAUUUCAAAUUCUUAAUAAUUGAUAUAAGCGAAUAACAAUUAAAAUUAAUCAUAAUUUUGUAUAUCUAUGUAUUAUUUUUAUUUUGAAUUGAAACAAUAUUAUUUUGACCAAUACUUCUACUAGAAGUAUAUUAGCUAGAAGUAUAAAAACUAUGUAAUUAUAGUUUUUUUUAAGGAUAAAAGCAAUACUUAGAAACAGUCAUUCAGCGAACUAAUAUAUGUAUACAAAUUCUAUCUUGUAUAGAUCGAUACAAAGAUUUUUGUGUUAUUAUUAAGAAUUUCUUUAUAUUUGCAUUAUAU